AAUAUUAAUAUCUAAAGAGUCCAAGUCAUGGCCACCAUUAUCAAUCAUUGCUCCUUGUUUCAGGCUUGGCUCUUUCAGCAAUUGAUAUGGUGCGGUUUUGUUAGUGGCUUAGUGAAUUCCUUUUAGUGUUGCUCUUGGCCAAUUCAUGGUUUCAUGCAUUUACACUUUCAUCUGCAUUUUUAAUAGAAGAUUUUGAUCGUUCUUAUUAUGGAAGGUGGGAAUCCUAAUGAUGUUUUAAUCAAAAUUAAUGCAAUGUUGGAGGAAGCACAACCUCUUCUUACUGAUGAAUGCUGCAUCUAUAGGGUGCCCCAUGAAAUCCGCAAGUUCAAAACAGAUGCAUACACUCCAAAGGUUGUUUCAAUUGGUCCUUUUCACCAUGGGAAUCCGAAGUUGCUAAAGAUGGAGGACCAGAAAAGAUUAUAUUGCAGACAAUUCAUUGAAAGAUCAGAGACAAAGAACUUGAAAAGUUUUGUGAGUUGCGUGCAACAGCUCGAGCCAGAGGUUCGUCGUUGUUACUCAGAUGACAUCAAAAUUAGCAUUGAAAAACAUAUCAGGGUGAUAUUGGUGGAUUGCUGCUUCAUAUUAGAGCUUUUAUGCAGGUACCACCAUAGGGAUGCCAUUCUUCUGCCACCAAGGUUAGGGAAUUUUAUGCACUAUGAUUUGUUGUUGCUUGAGAAUCAAGUCCCUUUCUUUGUUCUUGAGAAGCUUCACAAUCUAGCUUUCCCUUCUACUUUAAAUAGUAGAGGCCAGAACAACUAUCCUUCAUUAUUAUGGCUCACUCUUCAUUAUAUCAUUCCUAAUUAUAUCAUUUCUAGUGAUAAGGUUGGGUUAUCCUUAUCCAAUGAUGGUACAAUAGCUCAUUUCACAGACCUAUCAAGAAAGCUUCUAUUAAUAUCCUCUCACUUAUUCCAACCAUCAGUCUCUGGAUGCUCAAGAACUGCAGAGGUAACACACCUUUAUAGUGCAUCUAAGUUGAAGGAAGCUGGAGUGAAUUUUGAAGUAAACAAAAAUAGUCAAUGCUUACUAGACUUGCAACUUUCUGGUCAUACUUUGAGAAUCCCGUUCAUUAGAGUCGACGACAGUACUGAAGUUGUUUUGAGAAAUUUGUUAGCGUUCGAGCAAUGCCACUGUGUUAACGAAUCCUAUCUCACUGACUAUAUUACUGUCUUUGACUACCUAAUCAACACAGACAAAGAUGUAGAUUUACUGAUUAAGAAAGGAAUAAUUGAUAACUGGUUAAGUGAUAGCAAUGCAGUGGCUGAAAUGUUCAAUGGUCUUGGAGUCAACAUUAUGCAGACAGAUUUUAAUGUGAAAUAUUCGAGCAUUUUUCAAGAUUUGAAUGCUUUUUGUGCUCAUCCUUGGAAUAGAAAAGUAGCAACUUUGAGGCGCGACUACUGCAACACUCCAUGGAAGACGGUAGCUUCCAUUGCUGGAAUUCUUCUACUUAUUCUCACCAUCAUUCAGACAGUAUUCUCCAUCCUCCAAGUAGUACAUUAGUACUGGAUUAAUGUUUGUGUUGUGUAGAUUGGAUUGGAUUGGAUGAUUAUAUGUUCAAUGUUCGCUCAAUGUGAUGGGGUAUUUUAGUGAAUACACAUGUUAUUGUUUUUAGUAUGUGUGUGGUUGUGUGAGAUAAAUAUGUAUGUAAUAUUUGUUAAAUAAUAGUCAUGAACUAGGAUACUAUUUAUAUAAAGAAUUAAAUAGAAUGAAUAUAUUAACAAGUUAAUGUGCUAAAUUGUUCUAACAAGAGCUUCUAUGUUUGAACCUUUUUUGAGUCAUAACAAAAAACCACAAUUACCAUACAAAAUUGUUCCAAAUGGAGUUAACUUAAGCAAGUAAUGAUGGUCAAUAAGCUACUAAUUGCAAAGAGAAUUGAACAAUUUUAUUGAUGAGAAGAAAUAUCUGAGUUAUUGAGCUCACUGUCAUUAUAAAAAAAAACAGAAGACAUAUUCUUUGAAUUUGUCAAUCUGGUGGUCAACUCUUACCUAUUGUACAAAAUGUCUAUACUAAUCUAAGUCAAUCUUCUAUAUAAGAGUUAAGGCUAUUCAAGCUGAGAAGUGAUCUGUUGGAAGACAUAUUCGCUGCAAGGAAUAGUGAGACCACCCAUGGGAUGAUCAUAUCCAAACUCUUCCUGAGCUUGACUCAACAAGUCUUGAAAUGAUGGUUGGUUCAGAUAUGAUAUGGGAAUUACAAAACGCUUCUGUUUCUCUCCAACAUACACUGCAAGAUACCCCUUUGGGACUUCCAAGGAUCUUGAAGAUGCUUGGUUAGCAGAGAAGGACGCCCUUCGAAUACCAGGUAAACGGAAACCCAUCUUUAGUGUUGUUCUACAAGAAGGAGAAUAAGGCAAAACUCUCAAAUCUAAGAAGAAUGUGUCUAAAUUCUAAACGUUGAUGCUUGAAGAUGGCAAUCAGUUGUGCUGUUUUUGAAGGCAAGAGGAAGUGUAUUUAUAGAUUUUAACAUUACUUGGAUAAUUAUUUCUAGGAUGAGGACAUGGUGAUGAGAAAUCACAUGGUUCUGUCUUAGAGAUUUCUAUCAAGCAUUAAGCAUUUAUAUAAGAAUGCAUACCCCACCAUCUCAAGCAACGGCUCAUAGAACAGCCACUUGUAAUCAAAUGAGAUAAGCUCAAUUAAUCUAUUACCAGACAUGACAUGAGUUACACCUAAUGUGUUUUCAUGUGUUGUACCAUUGAUAAUCCAUUAUUAGACAUGCUUUAGACAUCUUACAAUUUUUUCUUAGAUUGAAAACUUAUGUCCAUACAUUUGCCUACUAGUAAUACCAGAGUACCAAAUUAUGAAAUUUGUAAACCAUAAGCAGGACUUGAUUGAUAGCUCUGAAAGUGACCUUAUCCAAAAUCUACAAACAAGAUUUUAUGGAUUAUAGAUUUGAUAUCAACGUUCAAGAUCAAGUACAUACAGCUAUUAGCUAAUAGACCACUGAACUGAAAUGUUUGGGCAUGUCUUGUACGUGAGAAACAGGUCAUUACAUUAGUUAAACAAUAAUAAGAUUUUCAACAUUCAAUGGUACUAAUUUGUUUCAUUUUCAAGCAGUGACUGUGUUGGCAAAUCUUCCAUAUUGUGGGCCAUUUACUCCUAAAUCGUAGUAGUUUUUCAAAAAGACUCUCCAAGACAACAACAUGUGAAGGUUCAUGAGUCCUUUUCUUUCACUAGAUCCCAUUAAACUGUUCAUUGAUUAAGCAUUUAAUUCCUUAGAGAAGGGUAUCCACAGAAGCAACCUAUUGAUCUAUAUAUACCAAUACUCAUCUUUGCAUUCUCAAACACACAAACAUCAGACUUGAAACACAACUUUCUCAUAAAAGUUACUUGAGAUCAUUCUGCAGUACUGUGUGUGUGGAAUAUCAAAAAAGAAACAAUGGGAUUUCGCUUACCUGGUAUCAGAAAAGCUACAAAGGAAGCUUCAAAGGGUGAAGUCCCAAAGGGGUAUCUUGCAGUGUAUGUCGGAGAAAAGAUGAAGAGGUUCAUAGUUCCAAUAUCAUAUUUGAACCAACCAUCAUUUCAAGACUUGCUGAGUAAAGCAGAAGAAGAAUUUGGUUAUGUUCAUCCAAUGGGUGGCCUCACAUUUUCUUGCACAGAAGACAUGUUCUUAGACAUUGUAUCCAUUCUGGCUUGAUCAUUAUCAGAAAAUUGAGGCUGACAUAACAUAGACUAGUUCAAAUCAAACAAUUUUGUAGAUUAGUUCAAAUCAAACAAUUUUGUCAAGUACAAUUGUAAGCUGAGUAGAUAGGAGGGAGAGUUUGUUUUCACUUUGCUUUCAUCCAAAAAUGGAACAUGUUAAUUAGUCUCAUUCAUUGAUGCAAAAUCUUUGCAUAUAUUGCACGCUCACCAUGUUCCUGUUAUGCUUACUUGCCAUUCCCCUUAAUUAUUUUGAAGUCUCUUUAAUUGAAAGAAAACAUAUUUAAGAGAAA